AUGGGGUCAACGAACCACCAAGACCCCCACCGCCAGGUGCCAACACCUCCUGCUGAAGACACUCUCUACAGCCGUCCAUCUGCAGCUCAGGCGGCUGCUGAUGUUAUUCCCAUCCUCGUGGAUGACACAUAUCAUGUAUUCCAUCUCACAACACCCCCGUUCACAAGACACCACCCUCCCCGUCUCAGAUCUACCUGGUCACGACUCAAGACGAAAGACUUGGUAAACUGGACCAGAGACCAAGAAAUGGUUCUCCGUCCAGGAGCUAAUUCGUCAGACCCCGAUGCUGACGGGGCGUGGACUGGAUGUGCCGUCCAGGGACCAGAUGGGUGCAUGAACAUCUUCUACACUGGUUACAACCUCUCACAGAACGGCAAGCAAGUGAUUCUGCGAGUGGUGUCAAGCGAUGCGCACGGGACGGUGUUCGAGGGAGAAGCGAAAGUCAUCACUAUCCAUGGAGAUGGGUCGCAGUACGAGGAGAUUGAUUUUCGAGACCCUUACAUCUUCUUUAAUGAAGCAGAGGGUAAGUACUGGAUGCUCGUUUCGAGGCGCCUCGCUGCCGGCUCGUACUGGUACAGAGGGUGUAUCGCACUGUUAAGAUCAACAAAUCUCGACACGUGGGAGCUCGACCCCGAACCUCUGUAUGCACCCAAUGAUAUGCUAUGCCCAGAAUGUCCGGAGAUGUUCCCGCUCCCAAAUGGCAAAUGGUAUCUGGUCUACUCCAGGUUCCAUGCACCAAACGCGGGAACUGUGUAUCGCAUCGCCGAUAGCCCUCGAGGGCCUUUUCGCAUCCCGAGAGACGGGUCGCAUGGGAGGCUGGAUGGAAGGAGGUGGUAUGCGGCCAAGUCCUGCCCCAAGGCCAAAGAUCCCGAGAGGCGGGUGUACUUUGGCUGGGUGGGCGACUAUGUCGAUGAGGAGGGGAAGUGGCUAUGGGGAGGCGACCUUGGGGUUCCUCGUGAAAUAUCCGCCGGAGAGCAAGGCUGCCUGAAGCUCGAAGUAGCCAGCACGUACCUGAAUUACCUUCGGCAGUAUUCGCAACCAUUGACACCUGGCAUCAGCCCAACCUUGGAUUUAACUUCUAUCGGGUCUACCGUCAACCACUUCCCCAAGAUUAGUCCUCAGGAGGAAGAUCGGGAUCUGCUAGUCAGCUUCCGCCUCGCAAGUGACGCUCACGCUUGCGGCGUGGUGUUUCAGCAUGACAACACAGGAAAAGGCUACACUUUGCGGUUUGAGCCGUCGACGUCUGGCCUCUUCUCGAUGUCGCUGCUUGUGGAUUUUCCGUCUUUAGAUGACUUUUGGGCCGACCAGUAUAACAUCCAUCUUCCUCGGCCCGUGGAUGGUCCCGAGAUUACUAGACACGAAGAAUUAGACGUCUCCGACGGAGUAAUUCUAUUAUUGAGAGGGCAAGUCAUUGAAGCAUUUUGUGGAGGCCGUUCCAUAACCUGGCGUCUCCCCCUCCAUUAUCGUUCGGCCAAACCCACGGGAGAAACAAAGCGACUAGGCUGGUUUGUAGAGGAUGGCUCAAUGUCGCUCAGUGAUCUCAGCAUGCUCUCUGUGAAGACAUAA